AUGUAUCGAACUACAGUUGAGUUUCAUUUCAAUCCUACUUCAAGGCAAACAAAUGAUGAAGGUUCCGGUUCUCCUUUAAGCCUUGAAAGCGAGAAUCCACCUCAAGGUCGCUUUAUCUCAACUAUUUUGAUGGUCCCAGUAGCCAGAAGUGCCUGUCUUGAUCCGACAGCUUGUAUGUGGAGUCGACUGCCUGAAGUCACACAGUGUGACUCUGUCGAUGACAACUUCACCCUACCACCCUUUCCAUCAUCAAAUUCCAGGCAGUGGUCCCAGUGGGCUGUCGAAAACUAUCGAUUUUCAGCGGAUGAUUUGCCGCUUCCUCCUCCCCCGUCUUCAUCAACUUCUGAUGGCGAAAUUCUAAAUGAGAUAUUAAUUGAGCCACCUCCGAUGGUUUACAAGAUUGGAACUGUUCAGACUGCAAACUACAACAAUGACUAUGGACAUUUAUCCAAUCUACCACCUUAUGUUCAAGCAACACGAAUGCAUCCACCAGAAGGGCAUGAUGAGGGAAGACGAUACAUCACUAAGGUUCAGGUAAUGGUAAGUACGACAUCUCGUAAUAAGACGGAAAAAGUAAUCGAGUCUGAGCCACGAUCACCUUUGGAUCACGUAGACUCCACAAUGGGAGAUUUGAAAAGUUGUCAUUGGUUCAGUGUUGAUCAGGAACAGGAUCAAGAGAACACGACUGUGCCACUAUCAUACGCGCCCUCUCCAACUCAUCGAAAUCUAAUGCGACCACCAAGAAAACGUGGCAUGGAAACUCAUAAAAGUCUUCUCCCUCUACCCCGACACUUACCCUGGCAUCAACGAAUUGUUCGACUUUCGUCAGGUUCGUCUUCAAACGAAGCCAGAAUGAUCCGCGCUGAAGAAAAGAUAUCUGGAAGGCUGUCAUUAAAAUGCAUGAAAUCACAGGCUAUUCAAACUGCUGAUAUGACCGAAGGCAGUAGUAUUGGUCGUCUUUUACGUGACAGUGCAUUGAUAAAUUAUGGAAGACUUUUAAGUUCAAAAGAGGUACUUGGCUACGAUAAAGUAGAAAUCCUAAAGGAUAGUGAGACGACAAGCAUUGUCGAUAGUCCUAGCUCUGAAGAUGGGUUUCAACCAUACAGGAACUUCCGCCUUACUCCUCCUAACUACAAUAGGCAAUGGCUUACACCGCAGACGAAGGCUCAAGUUCAGACAGAUGGAGUGGACCUGGUGGAAAGGGCUACUUCGCCUGUAGGUUUUGCAGAACCGAUCCAGAAGUGUAGGAUGAAAGAUGAAGAUACCAAUUUCUCUGAAAGAGUUACAGCCAACAUGAACGCGAAUGUAAUGGCGGCUGAGAAGCUGUUGUGGAAGGAUGAGGAUCAAAAUAAUUUCCAAAAGGUGACAGUGAAUGAGCACGAUGAUAUUCUCGUAGCAGCGGCUGCGCCUCCUUCACCGAUUCUAACGUGCGCUGUGUUAAAAAAUGAUAGAGUGAAACACUUCUAUGGGAAGAAAUUCGAUCUACAUGGUGCUGAAGCACCUAGACCCACACCGAGGGAACCCCAACAACCUCCUUUAUGCCACAAGAAGUCAGUAGUUUACGCCACUAUUUUAACUAGUGACUCGUUGGAAAUGAAUGUGGAUGCAUAUCGUGGGAAAAGUGUGGUAAUGGUUGAUGGUGUAACACCACUUCCACAAGGCUUCAUACCAUCUUCCAUUGCGCACCUUCCCACUUGCACAAUUUGCCGUAAUGCUGCAGGGCAUGCACUACCUAUGUGCGAGAAACGGUCUAAUAAGAGAGUUCCGGCUGCAAAUCAACAGCCAAGCAAUGGUAGAAAAACGAUGGCAGCAAUAAAAGAAAGUGGCUGCUCAAUCCCACAGCAAAAUCCCAGUCACAGAGAGAUGGUGUCUUCGGUGUCCUCGGGUCACAGACCUCCGUACCAUGGCACUUCGGAGAUUUCUUCAUCCUCUUCCUCCUCUAGCUAUUCAACCUACACCUGUUUUACUUCAUGUACAGGUCGCACUUCAGAGUCUUUAACGGUAGAGAGGACAAGAAUUUUGCAUGAUAGUGCCAUUCCGUCACACUUUUCAUCGGAAUCCGACUUUAAGACGAAUGUUCAGGGUCUCACCGAAUCAUGUCUGCCUCAAGUGAAUGUGGUGCGAGCCACACCCGAAAGACAAUCAUCCACUCCCGCCAAUCAGACCGUUGAAGCUAGGGCUACUCAAACUCCAAUUGGUUCCAACCGUGGAUCAAUUGCUUUGGAUGUCUUUGGUUACGUCCCUGAUGAACAGCAAAGACAAGUGGUUCAGGAGUGGUUGGUGAAUCGUGUCUCUGCCAACGUUGCAGUACAUUUUGGAAGUAAACUAUCGCAAAUGCUUCACGAUACUGCAUCAGUACAGGCAAGUGCUAACGAAGAAGCAUGUAGGGAUCUGGAAACAUCACGUGACUUAAGAAAUGAUAAUGUAGUCUUGCCAAGAUUACCACUGAAGACUUAUACUGAGAAGAGUCAAAAACCUGCAAUUGGAGUAGAUAGUCGACGUGUACUCCGUCAUCACAAAAAUGAUUUUAGGGUGUUGUGCAGUCCGACUUCGUCAGUGGAACAUCAUGUCGAAAAAACAAGGCGCGCUCAGUCGUUUAAGAGAAAUAGACACAAUUGCCAGCAUUCAGCGAGUCGAUUGGGGCCUCAGAGCAGCUACAGGGGUGCUCGAAUACUCGCGCGAGAUGAAGAAACAAAGCAUUCGGAACUUCUCAUUCCCUCCACCCAGCAUUUACAACCCUCUUUGCCACCAUCGUCGCCACCGCCAAUGCGAUCCAUGCCACGCAUACGCAUUCGCUCAAAGCCAAGUAUGUCAGCUAUAAAAAGGGACGAAGUCGACAUGGGAAAAUCAAAUGUGGCAACCCAUCUGGGCAUAAGCAAUGAAGAAGAGCGGCUGUUUCAGAGAGUACAUCCAUAUGAGCAAAUAAUUGAAGUAGCUCCUCACGAUGAGCUGGUACACAGUCAUCAAAAUGCUCACGAUCGACGUAUAAAAGCAGUGAGUAUGAAGACAGGCUGCCACCUUGACAUAAAGGGUCCGAUAAAGCGCCCACCUAUAGAUGGAAACAUGAGACGAGAGCGAGAGGUAUAUGAACUUAUAAUUGGAGCACCGAACAAAGAAAAAGCCGAUAGGUGUAUAAAUUACCUUAGAGAUACUUUUCCAAGAGCUGUACUGACGAAAAAGAUGCACCGGUCCAGUAUUUUCAAUAAGGCUAAAUAA